CUGCUAUGACGGCGACUCGACGGCUGCUGGAACCACUAGAAAGAACCAUCGAUCCCUCGAUCGACUUGUCGCUGCCCUUCCACACCCUCUGAUCCUCCAAUCCUCCAUCCCGACUUCUCAAGCUCCAAACUCCCACCUCCCAACAACCGCCUUCCGGUUGCCUUACAAGGUCAUACGACUGAAAGCGCAGGCAUCAGCCACAUCCUCCUUAACUACAAGUACGACCUCGGGAACGACAAUCGCCCUAUCGCGUGACUCUCUAGCGGAGAACUACCUCUCAGAUCAACACUAUAAGUCCAACUGAGCCACCCCAGCAGCUUCUGUGACACCAGCACAAGGCUCGUCCUGUUCUUGCGCAUAAGCCACAAACACAUCAAGGGCAGUCAUGGCGUCGAGGAAGAAGGUGUUAUUGAAGGUCAUUAUCCUAGGUGACAGCGGUGUGGGCAAGACCAGUUUGAUGAAUCAAUAUGUGAACAAGAAAUUCUCCACCUCCUACAAAGCCACGAUUGGCGCCGACUUCCUUACCAAGGAAGUCACCGUCGAUGAUCGGAUCGUGACGCUCCAAAUCUGGGAUACCGCCGGCCAGGAACGGUUUCAGUCACUGGGUGUUGCUUUCUACAGGGGAGCCGACUGCUGCGUACUUGUCUACGACGUCAAUUCUGCAAAAUCGUUCGAGACCCUCGAUUCCUGGCGCGACGAAUUCCUCAUCCAAGCUUCUCCUCGCGACCCCGAGUCUUUCCCUUUUGUGGUAUUGGGAAACAAGAUCGACCUGGGCGAAGAUAGAAGAAUGGUGUCCCAAAAGAGAGCGCAUGCCUACUGCCAGAGUCGUGGACAAAUGCCAUAUUUUGAGACCAGCGCAAAGGAGAGUAUCAAUGUCGAACAGGCGUUUGAAGUUAUUGCCAGAAACGCGCUGACGCAGGAGGAGAGUGAGGAAUAUGGUGGUGAUUUUUCGGAUCCGAUCAACAUCAACCUUGAUCAGGAGAGGGACGGCUGUGCGUGUUAGAGGACGAUUCGGGAGGGCACAGAUCUGACGAGCUUCCGGAUGGACGGCUUGGAUGGAGUUGAUGUCGGAUUGGAUGCGGCUAUCCACAGGUACCGAAUCGUGGAUUCGGAAAGCUCUUUGCUAGAGAUCUUCCUGCCUAUUGGAAAGGGUACUCAAAGAGAGAUCUGGGCAUAAAGAAAGGGAGGGAUGUCAGAAUCUCUCGAGUCCCCGUUCGCUCGAAUGCCAUGCACGGCAUCGGGUGCACUGGGGUCCAUUGCAGGGACAAUUCUAUACGGCGUACUUGUUCUAUGGUUUGCAGAGCCUUUGAUUCUCGUGAUAGGUUUGAGGUCUCUGGAGCAAGCGGAUCGGCAUGGCGUGUACAGAUAUACAACUACAGCAGCAAUUGCAUGUUGAACUCCCA